UUACGAGUAUUUGAAAAGAAACCAUGAUUAACAGAAGUUUUUGACGAUAUCAUCUGAACUUUAAUAUCUAAAAUUAGCUGCACUGGAGAAGUACUGGCUGGCGUGUACAUAUUUCAACGUAGACCUCCAGCAAUGACGAUUGCAAUGACCGUCCCUGGCCUACCAGACGGAUUUUCGGUUUCGUGUUAUACAAUAAAUUACAAGUAAACAACGCAAUCGGCAAUUAAUGCGUAUACUUUUGGCAAAUAGCAUCGGAAAGAGGCCGGAAAGUCCAAGAGAGUCUGUUCGGAGAGUCGAGUCGAGUCGAGUCACCAAACAAAGCGACAAAAGGCAGAACGUGCGCCAGGCUGGCCUGUACUCUCCCUGGAGUGCUUACUCCUCCGCUCUGUUGUGUUUGUGUUUGCCUUUGCAAUUUCGUUUUCAGUAUCCGAAUUCGAAAUAUACUCGACUCGUACGAAAUAUAUGAAAUAUAUGUAUGUACGAAAUGGGCACAAUGUGCUCCGAUGGCUUCGAUGCCCUGUCCCGCUCUAUCGUCUGCUGCUCAUUUGUAUGCAUCGCGCGCCGCUGCAAGUGCGGAUUCAGUUCGGACGCGUAACUGCGAUUGGGAAGCCAUCGGAAAUAUUAUGCAAAGAGACUCAAGGGGGUUAUGAAAACGGUGUCCGCCAUCUGGGGGAAGCGCCACUCAUAUAUAAUGCCCGAUUGACCUGCCACAAUAGAGUCAUUCGUGAACAAACCAUCGACGAGAUCAGCAUGAACACCCAGAUUGUCCUACUCUGCCUGGCCGCCAGCCUGGCCCUGGCACUUGCCCGUCCGGAACCGCCCAGGCCCCGCUACGGAGCUCCUCCCCCGCCGCCGUCAGCACCGCAACAGGAAUACGGUCCACCGCCGCCAGCCCAACCAUUGCCCGUGUACGGUCCACCAGCUGCCUUCUACGGGCCACCCGCUGCCCCCGCAGCCGAGGCCAUUGUCACCAAGAACGUGUACGUGCAUGUGCCGCCAGAGGAGCCGGAGUUCUAUCCAGCUGCCGCCCCCAUCCAGACGGCGGUGCCCAAGAAGCACUACAAGAUCAUCUUCAUCAAGGCCCCCAAUCCACCCACGCCAGUGCGUCAAGUGCUGCCCCCACCCGUCCAGGACGAGCACAAGACCCUCGUGUAUGUGCUGGUAAAGAAGCCCGAGGAGCAGCUGCCCGUCAUCCUGCCCUCGCCGGCCCCCACCGAACCCAGCAAGCCCGAGGUGUACUUCAUCAAGUACAAGCAGCAGCCCAAGCCCGCGCCCCAAUACGGUCCACCCGCUGCGCCCGCCGAGGAGUACGGCGCCCCACCCGCACCGCGCGGCCUGGAGCAGUUCUAGUCAUACGUACAUAAGUCGCAAACUCCAGUCCAAAAAUGUAAAUACCCAUAUACACAUAAUUUAUGAUUGCAAACGAAUGUUGCCAUUAAAUACGGUUGGUUGUAAACGUUAAAGAGCAGAAAAAAAAGGAGUUGGGA